AUGGACGCGAUGCGGGAGAAUCUCGCGUAUUUACUCGACCAGCGGCUGUACGAGUCGGCUGAGAUCCUCGGAAGCUUCCUGGUCUCUGCAGCCGGGCCGGGCAGCGACGUGCCGGCAAUAUCGAGGGCGGAGAAUCUCGUGCUCUACGCGGACGCGCUCUUCGGGCGGCAAGAGUUCCGCCGCGCGCUGAACCUCUACCGCCAGGCACAGCAGCUCUGCAAGGUGGCCGGCCACGCGGGCGGCAGCAGUCGGACUGUUCCCGGCAGCCCUGCCACUGUAGCAGGCACUGUAGCCAGCGCCGGCCUUGGGACUCCCGCCCAGUCAGGCGGCUACAGUGCAGGGGGGGUGGGGGCGGGCGGAGGGGGAACGGGGGGAGGAUCAGGGGGAGUGGGGCGGUAUGGGGGGUUGGGGCAGUCAGGGGGAGGGAGCGGGAUUGGGGGGGGUGGGGGAGGGGGGAGAGUGGGAGUUGGGGGGGGGAUGUCUAUGGGGUGUUUGCCUAUGGUUUCAGGGGGAGCGUGUGUGGGAGGAGCAGGGGGAGGGGGAGGGGGCGUGGUUGGCGGAAUGGGGGGUGGAGGGGCGAGCAUGGUGGCCUUGGAUACAGACGUGGGGAAGGCAGAGCCUCCCUCCUCUCCCCCUCUGCUCCCUCCACCUCCGCUUAAUCUCUUCCUGUCCACUCUUUUCAACACCUACUCUCUGCUUUCCCACUCCUCAUUUUCCACUCUCCCACUGUGGCGCACGUGCCCUAUUGCCUUUCCGUCCUCCCUCCCUCUCUCCAUCUCACCCACACAUGCCACACGUGCCCCACACAUGCCACACGUGCCCCACACAUGCCACCCGUGCCCCACACAUGCCACACGUGCCCCACACAUGCCACACGUGCCCCACACAUGCCACACGUGCCCCACACAUGCCACACGUGCCCCACACAUGCCACACGUGCCCCACACAUGCCACACGUGCCCCACACAUGCCACACGUGCCCCACACAUGCUACCCGUGCCCCACACAUGCCGCCAGGUGCGGCUGCGAGUGGCAGAGUGCUACGUGGCAUUGAAGGAGGUCAAGCCCGCCCUCACAGAGCUGGAGGCAGUGCCUCACCGCCUGCGCUCGCUGCGACUCAACCUGCUGCUCGCCCGCCUCUAUCGUUCCAGCAGCUACGACCGUGCUGCUCUCACUGCAUACAAGGAAUGCCUCAGGUGCGUGUUGCUUCUGCCAGUGAAUUAG